AUGGGUGUUCGAGGAUUAUGGGAGAUUGUGGCGCCGGCAGCACAUCCCGUGAACCUCGAAAACAUUUCUGGGUACCGCCUAGCCAUCGAUGCGUCUAUUUGGAUUUAUCACUUUCUUAAAGCCAUGCGCGACUCACAGGGCAAGGUUCUACGAUAUGCCCAUAUUGUGGGGUUUUUCCGGCGCAUUUGUAAACUCAUUUUUUUUGGAAUUAAGCCAGUGUUUGUAUUUGAUGGUGGUGCUCCGAUUCUUAAGCGCAACACGAUUUUGAACCGAAGGGAACGACGCAAGGUGCGCAAGGAAACCGCUUCGUCCAUUGCAGCCAAAAUCUUGACCCUGCAGCUUCACAAACAUGCCGCCGAACAGGUGAAAAAAAAGAAAAAGGCAACAGAGCGGGUCGUGUCGUAUCUACAGCUCAGCGAUGAUGACGAAUCGUCAGAUCAUGAAAAGUCCGGGGAAAUUGCGUAUCUUGAUGAGGUCUCGGUGGAUAAAGAUAAGCGAACUAAUGUCUUUAAAAUCAAGCCGGCUGACGUAUCUCAAAACACAACUCACGACCCUUACUUUUUGCCAGAGAUUGACGAGGAAGCUAUUAGCAAUAACGUAAACCACGACCCUCGUCUAUUAUCCCAUGAAGACUUUGAAGAAUAUGCUGAUCAUGUUCAAACUCAGCUACAGAGCGGGAUCUAUGAUCAGGAGGAAAUGGAUUAUGAAUCACCUGAAUUUAAAGCCUUACCGCUGGCUACUCAGUACCAGAUAGUUUCCACAGCUCGUUUAAGAUCUAGACUGAGAAUGGGGUUGACAGUUGACCAGUUGGAGACACAGUUCCCAGAUCGGUUAGCUUUUUCAAAGUUCCAGAUUAACCGGGUUAAGCAGAGAAACUAUUUGACUCAGAAGUUAAUGAAUAUGGCCAACGUCGAUGGUGAUGGAACAGCACCUGCUGGGGUCAAAACACAGGUGGGAAGAAUUGCGAGUCAGCGAGGCCGCGAAUAUGUACUGCAAAAGAGCGAAAAUGGCUGGACCUUGGCUCUGGAGAAUGAAGAAAUGAAAUCAAAUCUCAUCAAUAUUGAUGUGGAUGACACAGAGAUUCGUGAUGAUGAUUUGAAACGCAAGAAUUUAGAGAAGGAAGAAAUCAAUGAUGAUGAAGAAGAUGAUGAAGAACAAGAUGAAGAAGAUGACGACGAUGAAGAUGAUGUGGAAUGGGAAGAUGUAGAUGUAUCCAAAAGUGCACCUUCAGUCAUCACUGCCCCUGAGACUAACCCAGAUUACAUGAGCCAGCUACCAAAAUCCCUUAGUGGAUUUGAGACAGCUCUCCAGCGUGAAAAGUUGUACGAGUCCCUGCGCAAAAAGGCACAACAAGGAAACGACCCGAAAUCUGCAGCUUCUAAAAGUAAAUCAAAAAAUGAGAAUGCAUUUAUUUUGGAAGAUGAUAGUGGUGAUGAGCAUCCUACGCAAUCGGAACCGUCAAAGGUAGAGAAGCCAACAGAUGCACUGGAAAAGCCAAGACCCCAGGAAAAGCAAGAAACAAGUUCUGGGUUUGGACAGAAACUUUCCUUUAGCAAGUCGCUGUUUGCACGCGCGGCCAAGAACUCUGCUAGUGAUGCGACAUUGAACACCACUGCAUCUGCAAAAGCUUCGGAGACUGAAUCAGAAAAGAAGAAAGAGGAUACAUAUGUCCCACCCUGGUUUAAUUCUGAUACAGUUGCCGGUUUGACAAAAAAGCAAGCAUCGCCUAGCCAAGAGCAGGCUCCAUUUGCUAUAUCUUCAUCAGGUGAGGAGGAGGAGGAGGAGGAGGGAGAGGAAAAAGAUGAGAAUGAAGAAGAUGAAGAAGAUAAGGAUGAGCUUGUUUCAUACAGUUCAGUGCUGAAUCGUCGUCAAAGACAACUUUAUCAAGAGGAACCUUUGAAAAUUAACGACGGAAUGGUUAUUGAUAUUGAUGAAGAAGAGAGCAGUGAUGCAGAUGAGUUUGACGACAGUAUUCAAAUUUUGAAUCCAGAUGAGUUUAACAAACCAAAGGACGGUACUACGGCGGUUUCCGCGGCAGUAACCACGGCACCUUCAACAACGGCAAUGACGGUGACAUCGACAGCGACAGUAACUACAGCAGCAAAUAUUGAUGAGAAAGACAAUGAUGCUCCAGAACAGAGUUUGGGUGGAGUCGUGAAACUUGCAUCAGAUGUAACGGAAUUAAAUAAGGUUUCCCCAACCAAGAGGCCCACAGACGAGGAAAUAUUCAAACCUGCGAAUUAUAGUAAAGAACACGAAGACGAGCUUGCUCGAUUGGAAGAAGAGUACGGAGAACAAGAGGAUGAGGAGCUGAUGGAACAGCUAGAGAAGGAAAUUGAAGAGACUCAUCGGUUUACAGAGUCUUUUAAAGCGGCACAACCGGCCCCGCAGGCGGCUAUGGCACGGUUUGCUUCAACAUCAACAGAACCUCCAGUUGAGUUUCAAUCAAUUGAGUCGUAUGAUGAUGAAAUACGAGCUCUGCGUCAACAGGCCCACAAGGGGAUGCGAGAUGCAGACGAGGUGACACCAGAGAUGGUUGAGGAAUGUCAGGAGCUUCUUAAACGAUUUGGGAUUCCAUUUAUUACAGCUCCAAUGGAAGCUGAGGCGCAGUGCGCAACACUCAUGUCUAUGGGGCUUGUUGAUGGGAUUGUAACAGAUGAUAGCGAUUGCUUUUUGUUUGGUGGAACCAAGGUGUUUAAAAACAUGUUUAGCCAGGUGAAUAAGUAUGUUGAAUGCUACGAUGCUAAUGAUAUCAAGCGGGAGUUUGGUCUGGACCAGCAUAAACUUAUUAACUUGGCAUAUUUAUUGGGUAGUGACUACACGGAUGGGGUUACAGGGGUUGGACCUGUUACAGCUAUGGAGAUUCUGGCCAAUUUUGAUACACCUGAUGGGUUGAUUCGAUUUCGAGACUGGUGGAAGGACGUGCAAUUGAAGGGUGCAGAUAAGGGCAAGAGUGUUGAUUCUAAUAAGCCGGAGACUGAGUUUGAGCGUAAGUUCAAGCGGAAUGCGGCGAAAAUAUUUUUGAGUGAAGAUUUCCCAUUAAAGGAGGUUGAGCAGGCUUAUUUGCACCCUGAGGUGGACACAGACCCAACGCCGUUCAAGUGGGGCGUGCCGGAUCUGGACGCAUUGCGGACGUUUUUGCACAAGCGCGUUGGGUGGCCUGAGGCCAAGACAGAUGAGCUGUUAGUGCCUGUAAUCAAAGCCAUGAACAAGAAGCUGACGGAAGCUAGUACUCGACAAACGCUACUGAAAGACUUUUUCUUGAAUUUAGGUGGGAAUGGUAUUAAUAGUAAUGGAACAUUGACGGGCUCUGGAGCCGCUGCGCCAGGCCGCAGUAGCCGGAUGACCAAAGCGAUUUCAGCAAUGAGCGGACGAAUGCGCCGGAGAGAAGAGGCUGAUUUGGAGAGUUCUUCUGAUGAAGAAAAAGAACAGGAAAUGAAGACUAAAGACUCGAAUGGGUCUACUACAGAAAGAGUUUUGAGUACUACGGAAGAAGAACCUGUGGAUGGUGUUAAGACUACAAAGAAGCAGAAGCAGAAUAAUAGCUCAAAGGCCGUGCGACCACUUAGAAAAAAGCCCAAACAAAAAAAGUAA